GAGAGAUGAACAAACAUCGAUGACAUCACCGCCCUCACACACAAGACAAUGGCGGGAGAAGAGAUGGGUUCUGUUCUGUCAGAGAGAGGGCGGCGAUUGUGUCCCACAGCCGUGACACCCUUCAGGGUGUGGUUGGGCAAAGAAUGAAUCGGGACUUUACACACUGGAUACAAGCGUGUCUCUCAGACAUGUACAUGCCAUGUCGGUAAUGCAGUGAUUUCCGUUGGGCGGUGACGUCACGAUGAGUCCGGGCCCGUUACAAUCCAGCACAUGACCUCCAUCCUGGAACGCUAUUGGACGGCCAGCCGUGACCUCUGCUCAACAUCGCAUGCGCGCUUGACCCCUGACCUCAGAGCUGUGAAGGGGGUCAGGAUGGAGUCGCAGCCGGACGGGCCCAACGUCAGCAUACCCUGCUACAACGAGCAGAGGGACAAGAAGAAACGCUUCACCGUUUACAAAGUGAUGGUCAGUGUGGGCCGGAACGAGUGGUUUGUCUUCCGGAGAUACGCAGAGUUUGAUAAGCUGCACAAUGCGUUAAGGAAACAGUUUCCGUCGAUGAAUUUGAAAAUUCCUCCAAAAAGGAUAUUUGGGGAUAAUUUUGACCCAGAGUUCAUCAAGCAGAGGAGGACGGGCCUGCAUGAGUUCAUCCAACGUCUCGUCUCCCACCCUGAACUCUACCACCACCAAGACGUGAGAGACUUCCUGCAGAUGAACAAAACCAAAAACAUCUCGGAUGUCUCGGAGGACGAGGACGACAAAAGCAACUCUUCCUCAAGAAACAUCAACCUAGGACCCUCCGCAAACCCCCAGGCCAAGCCUACCGACUUUGACUUUCUGAAAGUCAUUGGAAAGGGCAGCUUUGGAAAGGUGCUGCUGGCCAAACGGAAGAAUGACGGGAAAUAUUACGCCAUCAAGGUCCUGCAGAAACGGGUUAUACUCAACCGGAGAGAGCAAAAGCACAUCAUGGCGGAGCGCAACGUGCUGCUGCAGAACGUGAAGCACCCCUUCCUGGUGGGCCUGCACUACUCCUUCCAGACGGCCGACAAGCUUUACUUCGUCCUGGACUUCGUCAACGGAGGAGAACUUUUCUUCCAUCUCCAAAAAGAGAGAACGUUUCCAGAGCCCAGGGCCAAGUUCUACAUCGCUGAGAUGGCGAGUGCUCUGGGCUACCUCCACUCGCUCAACAUCGUUUACAGAGACUUGAAGCCAGAGAAUAUCCUUCUGGAUUACGAAGGCCACAUCGUGCUGACAGACUUUGGGUUGUGCAAGGAGGGCAUUUCUCAGACGGACACCACCUCCACGUUCUGCGGGACGCCCGAGUACCUGGCUCCAGAGGUUCUGAGGAAGCAGCCCUACGACAACACGGUGGACUGGUGGUGCCUCGGCUCGGUUCUGUACGAGAUGCUCUACGGCCUGCCGCCGUUCUACAGCCGGGACACGCACGAGAUGUACGACAACAUCCUCCACAAGCCGCUGGUGAUGCGGGCGGGGGCGUCGACCACGGCCUGGGCGCUGCUGCAGGGCCUGCUGGAGAAGGACGGGACCUGCCGCCUCGGCUCCAUGAACGACGUUGACGAGAUCAAAAGUCACUACUUCUUCUCCUCCAUCAACUGGGACGACCUGGAGCAGAGGAAGAUCCCUCCUCCCUUCAUUCCCAACGUGACAUCCCAUCACGACGUCUCCAACUUCGACCCAGAGUUCACGGACGAGACGGUGCCCAACUCGGUGUGCUGGUCCCCCGGUCACUCCUUCGUCAACGCCAGCGUCAUGGAGGCGGACGAGGCCUUCCUCGGCUUCUCCUACGCCCCGCCCUCCGACGACUCGUUCCAGUGAGACCCCAGAGGCCUCCUUUAGGUCCUCGCGUCUCCCCCCUCUGACCUCGAGAGUCGUGAGCGAAGCCACUCCAGGGAGCCGAGGGUUGGAGGAGAGACAGCACUUGGAAAGAAAGGAAAAGAGACGAAUUGUUUGACAAGACGAAUUUGUCUUCAUUUUUUAGUCUUUGUUUGUCCUUCUGUGUAAGAGAUUAUAUUUUUAAGAAAUGCAAAUACCUUUCUAUCCUAAUGUAUUUGGUUAGUUUAAUGCCGGUUAAAGGUAGACCAGUGGGGAAGGCCUUGUCCUUCCUUCAGAAAGGUGCCAUGAAACCAACUGAAUUACCCAGUGGAUGAAACCUACUCCCAGUGGAUGUACCUUCAUCCACUGGUCUCAUCCCAGUGGGACCAUGUUAGUGCCUCAGUGGUUUGGUUUGUCGUUACUGUAAAGAGAUUCUGGGGUUUCUGACCUUGGAUGGAAAUUGGUCAUACUUGAGAAGACACUGAAUUUUAUUUUAUUCUUUUUGAAUGACAGGUCAUUUCAAUCGUCGAAUAAUGUACAUAUCUUUCGGUGAUGUCUUUUACAUUUUUUAUUUUGCCUUCUCAUUUAUAUAUCAUAACGGAAUAACCCUAGGAAUGCUUGCUUUUGUAUACAGUAGAGACAACACUGUACAGUACUUUGACAGACAACUAAAUGCACAAUAAAAAAAAAUACAUGGAACCUC